AUGCCCUGGCAGCAGACGUCCUCCCCUGGAUUGCGAGAACGCGCUGUGCUCUGCCAGAGCUUGACGCAAACAAACAAGUUCUGGACGGAGGUCAUCUACUACUUCCGGUUUUGCUGGCCCUACACCAUCCAUGAGAUCGUAAGCCUCAGUCCAGAUACUGGGCUGUACGAGUUUUCGGGCAUGUACAACCACUACCUGUAUGAGAUCCGAAUGUGGAAGAUGGACAUGAGGUUCUUUGAGAGCUUCCCCGAGACAUACGACGACAUCAUCCCCGCCCUGGAGAUUGAACGCCCAAUGCAACCGGCCAGCGUUGAUGCCCCAUUGAAGUGCUGGAGUGCCAAACCCUGGCCUCGACCUCUGCCUUUGCCCGAAGACCUCAACGAGAAGGAAGAGAAUGCAACGGAGCUCGACCAGUUCUUUUCAGCGUCGGAAAUCUGUGACUGGGAAGCGGUACCGCAAUUGGCUGUUUCCUGA